ACCUUUUUUAAAUAAAAGAAACACAUUCAAGUAGUUAGAGUUUAUUUAAAAUGGCUAGAUAUGAAGUAGAUUCAGAGGAAGCCUAUACGGCAUAUUUAAGUGGACAACAAGUUGACGAACUAUAUCGAUCCAAGGAAGAUCAUCAGUGUAUUCCACCACCACCUCCACAGUUCUAUACAACAAGAUCCGGAUUAACAUGUCGUCGAUAUUAUUGUCAAGUUUGUGGUCCACUGGCUAGAACAAAUUUAAAAACUGGUCCAGCAUGUAUUAAAUACAUUGGAAAACUCCAACGUCAGAUGGAUUGGAUUUCAGGAACAACAUUGCCCGAUGCUUUGACACGAUCACGUGAAGCGAUGGUUCGCCAUAGUCAUUAGUAUCAUUUUGAAUAAGGACAAAAUUUAUCAGUGUAUCAGAAUCUGCUAACUGAAAAUGUUUUUUGGUAUUUGUUAGAUUUUGUUUUCUUUCUGGCUCAUUCAACAAGAAGAGAUGAGCAUUAAACUUUUACAGAAACAUGAAAAAUGCCGAGAUUUCAUGACUAAUUUAUUCCGAUUCAUUUGUAAGAAAACAUACAAACUGCUUAUUACGUUAA